AUUAAAUGGCUCUGGCUGGAGACAAGACGUUCCUGUACAGUUUUCCCUCUUGAAACAGCACUGGGUUCCUGAGGAAGUGACGUAGUUCGCGCCCCCAGCUCUGAUUGGCUGCGGCCCUGUCAGGUUACCGGGGGUCAUCUCGCCGGUCAGGAGACAUGGAAGAAAAGGGCGUCUCGCCGCUAAAGCACUUUGUGCAGGCGAAGAAAGCCAUAACAUCCAUCUUCGAUCAGCUAGUAGAGUACAUCAGUGACGCUGUUACAUUUGUAGAAGAAACUUAUCAAAAUCCGGAAUUAAGAAACAUAACAUCUGAAGAUGAUCUAAAGGAGAUUCAGAAUUAUAAAAGAAAGCUAGCUGGAAUUGGGGAAGUCCUGUCUCGAAGACACAUGAAGGUGGCAUUCUUUGGCAGAACGAGUAGUGGGAAAAGCACAGUGAUAAACUCCAUGCUGUGGGACAAGGUCUUGCCCAGUGGCAUAGGACAUACUACCAACUGCUUCCUGAGCGUGGAGGGCACAGAUGGGGACAAAGCUUUCUUGAUGACAGAAGGCUCGGAGGAGAAAAAGAGUGUAAAGACUGUGAAUCAACUGGCUCAUGCCCUUCAUAUGGCUAAAGACUUGGAGGCUGGUUGUCUGGUACAUGUCUUCUGGCCCAAAGCAAAAUGUGCACUACUUCGGGAUGACUUGGUUCUUGUAGACAGCCCAGGAACAGAUGUGACUACAGAGCUCGACAGCUGGAUUGACAAGUUUUGCCUUGAUGCUGAUGUUUUUGUUCUCGUGGCAAAUUCAGAAUCUACACUUAUGAACACGGAGAAGCACUUCUUUCAUAAGGUCAAUGAGAGACUUUCUAAGCCAAAUAUUUUUAUCUUAAAUAAUCGCUGGGAUGCAUCAGCCUCUGAACCAGAGUACAUGGAGGAUGUGCGCAAUCAACACACAGAGCGUUGCCAGUCUUUUUUAGUGGAUGAACUGAAAGUGGUAGAUAGAUCAGAGGCACAAAAUCGCAUAUUUUUUGUUUCUGCCAAAGAAGUUCUGAGUGCCAGGAUGCACAAGGCACAGGGGAUGCCAGAGGCCGGAGGAGCUCUUGCUGAGGGAUUUCAGACAAGGUUCUUAGAGUUCCAGAAAUUUGAAAAACUGUUUGAGGAAUGUAUCUCGCAGUCAGCAGUGAAAACAAAGUUUGAGCAGCACACUAUCAGAGCUAAACAAAUUACAGAUACUGUGAAAGCCAUAAUGGAUGCCAUUAAUGUGGAGGCUGCUGAUAAAAGGGUAAACGCAAUAGAAAACAGAGAAUACCAGGUGGACAGGCUAGAGUUUAUACAGAGUCAGAUGCAGAUCCUUGCUGAAGACGUCCGGAAAAGAAUUCUGCAGAUCACUGAGGUGGUGAACACGCAGGUUUCAGAUGCCAUGAUGGAUGAGAUCUGUCAUUUAUCCCAACUUGUGGACAGGUUUGAAGGGGACUUCCACCCAUCACCACAGUUUCUCAAGCAUUAUAAAAAUGAGCUGAAUACACACAUAGAGAAGGGAAUGGGAAGGAAGCUGGCGGACCGCUGUUCUGCUGCUGUGAACUCUUCUAUAUUUAAAGCACAAGAGGACAUUAUAGACAACUUAAAACCUUUGCUGCCACCUGCUGUCCAAAGUGAAUAUAGCACCUGCUUACCAUGCAAGAAAUUUGAUCUCAGCUAUAACCUAAACUGUGAGAAGUUGUGCUGUGAUUUCCAAGAAGACAUUGAAUUUCGCUUUUCGCUCGGUUUGAUGAUGCUUGUUAAUCGAUAUUUAGGGGCCAAAAAUGCUCAUAUGUUGCUUGGAUUUACAGAGCCGGUUUUUCAGGUACCGCGACCGGUGACAACCCCCACCACAUCGGGUAACCCUGCCCAAACACCUGCUGCUUUAACACAAGAGGAGCUAAUGGUUACAGUGAUGUCUGGAUUAGCAUCACUGACAUCAAGAGGGUCUAUGGGUAUUAUGAUCAUUGGAGGACUAGUCUGGAGAGCUGUUGGGUGGAAGUUGAUCGCCUGCUCACUACUAGGAUAUGGAAGCUUGUACAUGUAUGAGAGGCUGACGUGGACGACCAGGGCGAAGGAAAGGGCUUUCAAACAACAGUUUGUGAACUAUGCUGCCCAGAAGCUGCAGAUGAUAGUCAGUAUUACCAGUGCAAACUGCAGCCACCAAGUGCAGAAGGAGCUUGACAACAUAUUUACCAGACUCUGUCAGCAAGUGGAUGUUACUCAGAGGGAACUAAUGGAAUCUAUCAACAAACAGUCCGAAGAAAUAAGACAGCUUGAGAAAGUUCAUAGCCAAGCCAAGGUCUUAAGAAACAAAGCCGUUCACCUUGAGAAUGAGCUGGAUCACUUUACAAAGCUGUUCCUCAGCCAGAGACUUUCUAGGAGCUGUAAUGUGGAGGAAACAUUUAUGGCACUACCUCCUGCUGGACAUAACUCUACACAUUCUGUAUAGCUCACGUUAUGACAGAGUAGGCGGGUUAUAUUCAUUUCUUUGCUACCAGAAUAUAUUUCUUUAUUGGUUUAUAAAGAAAAAAAAAGUUGCGGAUUUGCAUAAAUCCUAGAUGUGAAUUAAGAGAACAUCAAAGUUUUUCAUUUAAAUAUUUAUUUUAAUAUAUAAAUAUGAGAAAUGAGCAUAUAAACGAGAGCAAAACUUUAGAUUCCUCACACCAAAUAACUGGUAAAUGGUUAAAGGGGUACUCCGGUGGAAAACUUUUUAUAUUUUUUUUUAUUUUUUUAAAUCAACUGGUGGCCGAAAGUUAAACAGAUUUGUAAAGUACUUCUAUUUAAAA